AAACUUUCUCAUUUUAAAAACUUCAUCACGUUUCUUUUUAACUAUUGUCUGAAGACACACCUGAUAUUUUCCUGCAGAAAUGACAUCGAAAAUAAUUUUGGAUGAAACAUGGGCUGUUGGCGUCAAGACUUUGGUGUUCGUCAUCGACAAAAACGCAACGGACGUAGAGCUCCUGGAGCUUCUGUUGAGAGCUACAAGUAUUGAUCCCACCGCUGCCUGGAACUUUCUUAUCUUGUGUAAUACGUUCUGUCUGCAACGAAUUCUUAAACAGGUUAACAAGUUUGACGAUUGGAUGCAGAAGACAACUGAUUUUCGGUCAUCAUCAUUUUGGAUGAUCUUGAUGCCGAAGGAAGAUAUGUCGAUGGUUGAAGCAGUGGGAGGCUGGGUUGAUAACAUUGCUGUUAUAUCAGCGCCAACUCCCAUUCCGGGAUGCUUAUUUGAGGCAUAUAAGGGCGCUGCUGAGUGCUGGUCUGGGGAAAUCCACUCUCUGAUGUACCAUGGAUCCGCGCGGAACCUUGAAGUUGUCUGUCAGUACAACAGAGGUGCGGUCAAAAUAUGCUCCUCGAAAUCAGAUAUAUUUCCAAAUCACAAUCGUGGAUUCAACGGGAGACCCUUCAUUGUGGCUACAAAUAUGUGGUAUCCGUUCGUGAUGAAGCAAGGGAAUAAUCUGACAUCGACAUAUGAGGGGUUUUGCAUCGAUCUUCUUCUCGAAAUGGCUGGAGCACUCAAUUUCACCUUUAAAUUGGUGGAACCACCCGAUGGAGAAUGGGGCACCAAUACCGAUGGCCAUUACAGUGGACUUAUUGGCCAGCUGCAGAGAAAGGAUGUCGACAUGGUGGUUGCCCCUAUUUCAAUGUCACACGACAGGGAGAAGGUCAUGGACUCUACAUACCCGUUCUACAACGACGUCGGCACGGGCGUCUAUCGCAUCCCUGACUCAAGCGUUAAGGAAUGGUUGAUUCUCUCGCUGCCCUUCAGCUGGGUGGUCCACGUGACUAUUGCCUGUGCCUUUGUAUUCUCCGUGGGGCUACUGCACUUCCUGCACCGAUGCCAUAAAGAUGGAAAGGAAGGAUCAACUGAUUUAUCUGCAGAUGCUAUCCGUGUGUUUGGUAUAUUUCUUCGACAAGGUAUUAAUAUCGUACUACGAAGUUCGUCGACUGCCGUAUUUGUGGGAUUACUUUGUCUGUUCGCGACCAUCAUCUCCGCUGUCUACUCUGGCAAUCUCAUCGCCUUCCUCACAGUUGCCAAGGAGACAAAGCCGUUUAACACCAUCCCGGAAGUAGCCUACCAGACGGAUUACACGUGGGGGAUACACGGAGGAACUCUGUGGGUGAAUGUGUUCCAGAGCUCAACGAAUCCCGCGUUCAUGAAAAUCUGGGAUGGUAUUCUCAGCUCCAACCAUUCCGACCCCGGUGUUCUUCACAUCUCAGCUGACUACCACAAGAAACGGAUGGAAGCUGGGGGUUAUGUCUUCUUCACAGAGUCGGACAUUGGAAGUAUAUGGGCCACACAAAACUGCGACGUUCGACUGCUCAAAGAUUAUUUCUACAGGAUCCAGUACGCUAUUGGACUACCCCAGAACUCGCCUUAUGGGGAGUUGGUGUCGAAUAUAGUUCUCAAGUUCCAUGAAAGUGGCUUGAUGGGUGCAUGGAGGCAAAAAUGGUGGCCAAAGGGAAGUAACUGUUCUUUCAAUAAAGUCGUCCACAAACCAAUAGAAGUAUCCCAACUGCAGAGUGCCUUCUAUCUGUUGCUAGUUGGGAUAACCCUUGCCUUUACUGCAAUGUGCCUUGAAUGCAUGGUCCGCAUUAUCCGGCCACGCAAAGAAGCCCUCAAGUAAUGCCUUCCAAGUAAUCAAAUGACAGUUGUUACACAUUGACUUGUAUUUGCAUAGAAUGGGUGAGUUAGUGAGUGAAUUUAGUUUUACGCCGCUUUUAGCAUUAUUCGAGCAAUGUCACGGCGGGGGU